AUGGUCUGGACACAACCACGGGCCUCAUUCAACAAUCGACUGCCCAAUCGACGACCUUCCCCGACGCGGACCUUGAAAGACAUUCGCUGCUUUGAGUGCCAGGUAGCUACUCCGCCAGGCAUCCACCACACACGCCAUCUGCACCACGAUGAAUUUGCACCCACACCGAACCGCUUCAGCAUCCUAGCUGAGCUCGACACCUCCCCAGAGACCAAGUGGGCUUUCGAUUUUGUACCAACUUCGACAUCCGUAAGGAAACGCCGUGGCAAGCGAGGCAGUAAGCAACAGAGACACAGGCACACUCUGGAGAAGACGCGCAAAGAUCUCAAGCCAGAUGGUCUGGACGCGAUUUGCGAUGAGUUGGUUGCACUGCAUCCGGACGACAGCGAGCCUGCCGUAGCAUCGCAAGAGCCAAACUACAAGAUGAGUGAAGGCUUUACAUCUUCUGUAAAUGCGGUCAGGCAUCACUGGGCUCCGCAGUUUCGUCCGAACUCGCUACCAACAUCGAACCCCAACAAGCAACCAGAGACCCUCCAGCAAAAAUCACAGUACUCUCAAUCGCCCUCGACAUUGGUCAAGGAUCCCUCAAUUGACAUUUUGCCAAGCAACCGAAAGAUACACACUCGAUUCUCCCCGUCAGCCUUUCUAAAAGACCUUGUUUCCUUGAACGACUGCGUAGGCGACUGGCCACCGAGAAAUUCCUCGCCUGAACCAACAUUUCCUCUUCGGAUAUCCAAAGCGUGCAAUACGCCUACUAUUGUAACAACUGCGACCUUGACUCAACCAGCAACAGCAGCAUGUCGCGCUCCUGUACUGAGUAGGACUACUACACCCCCCUUCAGCCACACAGUUAGGAUGCACCUCGCAGGUUCAACAACUCCGUCAUCGUCUGCCGACAAGAUACCUACCCAUAAACGCUUCCCUGCAUCUGAUCUUUCUUCUCUCAAUCUGUGUCCAGCGUCAGCCUCAACAAUACCGCCCACUCUUACUCUGCCGCAAGCGCCGACGAUCUCCACGAUGCCAGCCUACCCCCCUCUACCAUCUUCGCUAGUGGAAACAACGAUUACAUCGAUCAUAUCGCCAAUUAUCUCCAGACCGUUUGCCAAAUCAAUCGCUCCACCUCCAGCUUCAACGAUACAGCAAUCUCCGACAAUUCAUCCACCGCAUCCGUCUAUUUCGCCUUUGAGUUGGCAGGAAAUGUCGGAAGGUAUCACCGUCUUCCAUUCGCCGCCGCCGGUCCUGAUUACUGCACCCGCCGCCUUCCCUUACCUGUUUGUUUACCCACCACGGCCAUGGGCAUCAAUGACUGUGUGUAGAUAUCUUCUCAAAGACACAGCCGCAGCGCCAAGUGUGCUGGGGAGGCUUGCAUCCAGCCCUCCUUCUGUGAUACAGAAGGAGCUAGAACACUUCCUGGAUAUGGGUCACGCCAACGACUGUUGGUGCUUAAGCUCCAGCCACACACAAUGUACUGCUUAUCCAGUCAUGGCCAGUACUACCAUCAGUGAACCUUGUCUUUUUCCAUCGCUAGUCGUAGAAGAGCCUACAUCUGCUUGGCGCACAUCAACCGCUGAUGUAGUAGUGGGUGAUUCUCAACUGUCCCACAACCUACCAGAUCUCCAAGACGACAUCGAGAGUAGCUCUUCUGAUAGCGAUGCUGUGCUUUUAACGCCUUCAUCUGAGAGUUCCUGGUCUGUAUUCGAAGAUCUGAUGACGUUGAAUCAAGGCUCGCAACCCAUCGCAUUUGACGAUGAUGGAUGGGUUGCAGUAUCUAGUCACGGGCAAGGACGAAGAUCAAGCUCUUUGUCCUCGCCCUCAGCCUCAGAUACCCAGGUUUUGACACCAGAUCAUGUUACGAAUCCUACUUCGCCCGUCAAUCUCCUCCCUUCGCUUCCGCAAACCCCGCUGAUGUCGGCCUACCAAGCUAGGGUGUCCGAUAUCGAGAGCAAGAUGGACUAG